AUGCUGGUGGUGGCGGGUGCUGGCAGCGGCAAGACCCGCGUGCUGGUGCAUCGUAUUGCCUGGUUGAUCGACGUUGAAGGAGUGUCACCCCACGGCAUUCUGGCGGUGACGUUUACCAACAAAGCAGCCUCAGAAAUGCGUCUGCGGAUUGAAGAAAUACUCAAUAUGUCCGCGCGUGCCAUGUGGGUAGGGACCUUUCACGGCCUUGCCCAUCGCCUGUUACGCAUGCACUGGCAGGAAGCCAGGCUGCCACAGAAUUUUCAGAUCCUCGACAGCGAUGAUCAGCUGCGCCUGGUCAAGCGCGUUAUGCGCAGUAUGGACAUUGAUGAACAGAAAUGGCCGGCACGGCAGGCGGUCUGGUUCAUCAACGGCCAGAAAGACGAAGGCAAAAGGGCGAAAGAUGUGCCUGCCAGCGACGAUCUGUUUCAGAUUACGCACAAACGUAUUUAUCAGAGCUAUGAAGAAGUGUGUGACCAGGGCGGUCUGGUCGACUUUGCAGAAUUGUUACUGCGCUCGCAUGAGCUUUGGUUGAACAAUAAAGACCUGUUGGCCCACUACCAGGGUCGCUUCAGCCAUGUGCUGGUUGAUGAAUUCCAGGAUACCAAUACCAUUCAAUAUGCCUGGCUGCGGGUGCUGGCUGGAAAAGCUGCCCACGUCAUGGCUGUUGGUGAUGACGAUCAGUCGAUUUACGGCUGGCGCGGCGCCAAGAUUGAAAAUAUCCAUAAGUAUUCGGCUGAUUUUGAAGAUGUCACAACCGUUCGCCUGGAGCAGAACUAUCGCUCUACGCAAAACAUUCUGGACGCCGCCAAUGGUCUGAUUCAGCGUAAUACGGAUCGUCUGGGCAAACAGCUCUGGUCCGAUGGGCCCGUCGGUGAGCCUAUUCGUGUUUACUCCGGGUACAACGAUUUAGACGAGGCGCGAUUUAUUGUUGAGACCACCCAGCAAUGGUUGGAAGAAGGCGGCAGCGCAGACGAGGUUGCCGUGUUGUAUCGCUCUAAUGCGCAAUCGCGGGUUAUAGAAGAAGCCAUGUUGCGGGCCAAUAUUGCCUAUCAGAUCUAUGGUGGCCAGCGGUUCUUUGAGCGUGCAGAAAUCAAGAACGCGCUGGCCUAUAUGCGUUUGAUGGAAGAUCCACAUUCAGACACUGCUUUUGAGCGUGUGGUUAAUACGCCGCCGCGAGGUAUUGGAGAAAAGUCUAUAGAGGCCGUGCGCCAAUAUGCCCGCGAUCAUCGUGUGUCUCUCUGGCAGGCCUGUAAAGAGGGCAUUGCAUCCGGUGCCUUCAAAGGCCGUGUGCAGACCACGUUAGGUGGCUUCAUCGCGCUCAUCAACGAUAUGAGUGACGCGGUGGCUACCAUGCCAAUGCACGAACUGGCCGACCACUGUAUUGAUGCCAGCGGACUGAUGACCUAUCACCGGCAGGAGCGUGGAGAACGUGGUCUUGCGCGUAAAGAGAACCUCGAGGAACUGGUCAGUGCCUGUCGCCAGUUUUCCGGCGAGACACUGUUUCCGUUAGCAGACAGUGACCAGGCUGAAGUCUCAGAGCUGAAAGAAUUCCUUGAUCAGGUUGCCCUGGAUGCCGGCGAUCGGCAGUCCCAGCAGGGUCCGUGUGUGCAGAUGAUGACGCUGCAUUCUGCAAAAGGGCUGGAGUUUCCGCUGGUGUUUUUGGGCGGCAUGGAAGAAGGGCUAUUCCCACAUCGCAUGUCUGCCGAGGAGCCGGGUCGUCUCGAAGAAGAACGGCGACUGGCUUAUGUAGGUAUCACCCGCGCCAUGACACAACUCUAUCUGACCUACGCAGAGUCCCGCCGCCUGCAUGGCCAGGACAGCUACAAUCGCCCCAGCCGUUUUUUGAUGGAAAUACCCCAGCACCUGAUUGCGGAGGUGCGCAUGAAUGGUGCGGUGCAACGGCCGUACGGUACCCCUAGCAGCACCGGUUCAAGCAGCCUCUUUCAAGAAACCCAUGAGCUGGGCUUUCGCAUGGGCCAGCGUGUUGCGCAUGGGAAAUAUGGCGAGGGUGUGAUUCUGCAGAUUGAAGGCGGCGGUGACCGCGCCAAAAUUGAAGUUAACUUCCCCGAGGUGGGUUCCAAAUGGCUGAUGGUGGGUUACGCCAACCUGCAGCCGCUGGAUUAA